AUGUUCAGAAAAAUUGCCCAACGCUCUUUCCAAAGAUUCAACUCGCACGGCCACGGCCACGUCUCCAAGUUCAUCAAGGAAGACGCCUUCCGCCACAAGUACAACAAGGAGGCUGGUGAAGCUUUCAAGAAAUCUUACGAGGAGAAGGUUCACCACUCUGUUGGCAUUACUGCUUUGUGGAAGAAGAUCACAUUCUUCGUUGCUUUCCCAGUUGUCGCUUUGACUGCUAUUCCUGUCACCAAGAUUGAGCUUGAGCACGCUAAGCACAGAGAACACUUAAAACACUUGUCUGACGAGGAAUGGCCUGUUCAGUACGAGUACCAAAACCUCAGACAAAAGAAGUUCUUCUGGGGUGAUGGAGACAAGACCUUGUUCUGGAACUCCGACAUCAACAGACACGUGGAGUCUUAA